AUGGCGCUUCAUCGAAACUUUUUCGUGCUUUUGUCUUUAGCUGUGUGCGUUACGGCUAUACUCGGCCCAUCCGCUAAUAAUUCUAAAGUUGUAAUAGUAACGAAAACUGAUACAUAUCUCGAUGCCUACACAAAAUCUCGUGUAGAUGCCGAAAAAGCGAAGGAAGGUGUGGUGAUAAUCACAGCGAAAGACGGAGAGAAGAAGAUAUCAAAUCGCGACGAUAGUUAUAACUCUGGAUAUGAUUAUUCACCUCCAUACUCCAGCAGCGAUAGCUUCAGCUCAUCUGGAUCUUCUAGCUACCCUAGUUCUGGUUCGUCGAACACUUAUUUGCCGCCUUCGAGUUACGGACCACCCGUGAAAUUUGAAUCGGAUGUCACGUAUAAUGCACCGCCAAAUAGUUAUGGGCCACCUGCGCCGAAUUAUGGACCUCCUACGCAUAGUUAUGGUCCUCCUUCCCACUCGUACGGACCUCCGGCUCCAGUUUAUGGGCCUCCUGUUCACAAACCGUUACCUCCACCGAUUUAUGGUCCGCCUUUGAAACCCUCGUACGGAGUGCCUUACACAGCUCCAGGACUUGGAUUUUUUGAUAAGUUAUCCCUGAAACUAGAUAUUUUAACAAUUGCAAAGUUAAUGCUGAAGUUCCUUAUAUUUAAGAAAAUCGUGACUAUGAUCGCUGUGGUAUGCAUGUUACUAGUUAUACCAAAAUUGAUCACUUUUAAGAAAGAUAAAGAUGGUGCGGGUACAGAUGAAGAUGAACGAAAAUUUGGAAAUAAUAAUAUAGUGGAGCUAACAUCCGCACAGCAGUUGUUAGAGCGGGCUAUGUACGUGUACGGGCGACAGCGGCCCGACUGCGGCCUCACGUGUCGCGUACGUAGAGUCAUAGACGACAUAUAUGACUUUCAACCUUAUUUCAGGUCCGGAGAGAACACGGAGUCC